ACACGUUCGACACCGCACUCUGUUGUGUUGUUGUUGGUGCUGCGAGCUGAUCUCACUGAGCCGAGACAGCAGGACUGUUUUUAGAGUGGGAAGAAGAAGAAAUGGAGGAACCUAAGAGCUUCUCGUCGGACCGAAACAUCCUCUGCCUGUUUGAUGUGGACGGUACUUUGACCCUGCCUCGAGAGAAAAUCGACCCACAGCUGGAUGAGUUUUUCCAGACGCUGCGGAGGAAAGUGAAGAUCGGCAUCGUGGGAGGGUCGGACUACUCCAAGAUAGCGGAGCAGCUCGGGGAGGGGGAUGAUGUGAUACACAAGUUUGACUAUGUGUUUGCUGAGAACGGGACAGUGCAAUACAAAGAUGGGAAACUCCUCUCAAAGCACGCCAUUCAGAACCAGAUCGGGGAGGAGCUGCUGCAGGACCUGAUCAACUUCUGCCUGAGCUACAUGGGGCUCAUCAAGCUGCCAAAGAAAAGGGGAACGUUCAUUGAGUUCAGGCAUGGCAUGCUCAACAUUUCCCCUAUUGGUCGGAGCUGCACGCCGGAGGAGCGAAUCGAAUUCUCUGAAAUCGACAAGAGAGAGAAGAUCAGGGAGAAAUUUGUCGCUGCCCUGAAAGAGGAGUUUGCUGGAAAGGGACUACGGUUCACUAAAGGUGGUCUCAUCAGCUUUGACGUUUUCCCAGAGGGCUGGGACAAGAGACUGUGUCUAGAGCAGCUGGACAGCGAAGGCCUGGACACUAUCUACUUCUUUGGCAACGAGACCUCAGAUGGAGGAAACGACUAUGAGAUUUUCAACGACCCACGGACUAUCGGUUUCACGGUCUACUCUCCGGAGGACACGGUCCGGUUCUGUCGGGAGCUUUUCUUUGAUGCUCCGCCACACGAGCCCUGAUGUCCUCAAACGCCCCCCCAACGCUCCACACCCCACACCCGAUCCCUUUACCCAGAAACACCUCUGACUUCCCGCCUGUGGGUCUCUGCUAGUGCAACUCAAACCCAGGCUAUUUAUGAACUGCUGAAAGGUACUACUAUUGAUCUUCUCCAUAUUAUUAAUAUGAUUAAAUACAAAUGGACAGCAGAAGGGUGAUUUGAUUAAAUUUGUACAAUUAAAAUCUGCUGCUUUUAAAAAAAGGGACAGAAACUGAGGAAGUGUUACAUGUUGAUGUAUGUGAAAGUUUGAAUUACUGUGCCAGAAGAUGUGAUGUGUAGCAUGUAACAUAAAAUUAACCAAAAAGCUUAGGGAGAUUCUAAAACGUUCUGCAGUGUUGAAAGUUAUUACUCCAGAUUAUUAGAGUACAGAAUGAUGUUUUGCACUAAUGUUGGCAUAAUUUCAUACCAAUCGUUGAUAUAGUCUUGUUGAACACUGCUGAAGGAGAUGAUGAGGAGAGCGAGAGAGAAAACAGGUGCUUUACUUGUUUUGAAAAUGAGAUCUGAAUGAAGCAUUAAACAGUUGAGGAUUUAUGAAUCAUUCCAGGUAUUUUAAUGUCUCUGCAGCGCUCUGAGCUGGAAGGAUUUAUUGUUUAUUUACUGUGUGAUCCCUUGAAUAUCAAAUGUCUGUUUUAACCUCACAAAGCUGCUUGUUUUGCGGUUCUUAAAGUGAAAAUGUAUCAGAUUUCUAUUUAAAACUGAUCAUUACUGACUCAGUGGAUUCAUCUAAACCAGUGGAUUAAGCUCCUGUGACCAAGUCACUCUGCGAACUCUUCAAUAUGACAGCUUUUAUAUGUAAAAUAUUUUUACAAGCUGCCUCAUGGCCUGCACGCUGGGUGACUGUAUGUAUUGAUGCUUAUUGCUUGGUACCUUGUUGCUAACUUUUUUUCAUGCCGUUUUCAACAGAUGCUUAAAGGGUUUUUUAAAUAACUUUUAAAUAUGCGAAAACGGACACUAUGAUUUCCCCAUGACAGGUCAAUGUUCUGUCUGUCUGUCAUGGUUCAGAAAAAUAAUGCCUCCUUGAUGGAUCGAUCUGUGUCCGACUGUAAAACACUCCUUCAACCUCAAAGACUAAAAGGAUCAUGUAGACAGGACUGUUAUGCACAGCAGAAAAUGAGAUUUCAAUGUGAUGCUAACUGAUUAAAAGAGUGGUCUUGUCUUUUUUCAGUCAUUUAUGGAUAAAAAUCAAUUAAUUGUAAUAAAACUGUUUUGAUAUUCUGUCACUGA